AUGCCAGCAGGGGGCAGUGUGACACUGACCUGCGAUGUGAACCAGUUUGCUGACUUAGAAUAUGACUGGUUCAGACAAACCUCUAAAAACUCUAGGAAGACCGCAGUAGCUGGUGAAUCAGACAGAGUACUUGUGAUCUCUGAAGCCGGCUUCUACACCUGCAGAGGACGUGUUAAAGACAGUGACCCGGUCAUUAUUCAUGAAACUGUUCCCAGUAAGCCCACUGUGACCCUGCAGUCAUCCUGGCCUCAGAUAUACAGCGGUGAGACAGUCACUGUCAGAUAUAAACCAAAGGCUGAACUGAGAGCUGAUAACACAGCUGUUCCAGUAGGGGGCAGUGUGACCCUGACCUGCUCUGUGAACCCAUCAUCAUCAUCUGGAUGGAAAUACUACUGGUACAGACAUGAUUCUGGUGAACCUCUGAGUCCACAGGAUGGAGUUUUUCUAUCAAAUGACCAAAUCAGAGUCUCACAGGGAGGACUCUACUGGUGCAGAGGACAAAGAGAAGCUUACUACUGGUACACAGAGUGGAGCCAGCCAGUCAGGAUUGACACAACUGUGUCAAACAGGCCUGUUGUGACUCUGUAUCCAAACUGGUCUGAGAUAUACAGAGGAGAGACGAUCACUGUCAGAUGUGAGAUCCAUGGAGGAGACACUGAGUGGGAUUAUGAGUGGGAAGCAAACAGCAUCAGAAAACCUUUAAAUCAAAAUGAAUACAGGAUUAUUUCUGCUUCAUCAUUGAUCAGUGGAAACUAUCGCUGUAAGGGCAGAAUGAAAAGUUCACAGCAUGAAACAACAGAGUGGAGUGAUUCAGUCACACUGACAGUUUCAACUCCAUCUCCGCCUUACCCAUGUUACUCAGGCUCCAUCCGAGCCUCCAUCUUCAUCUCCGCCACCAGCAUCUAG